AGGAAGCUGAGCACGGGCGCAAUUGGCACAGCAGGUAGCACAGACCGGCCACAGACAGCUCCACAAACACACACACAAACACACACACGUCCACACACACACAAUGUCCAGCAUAAACACGCCUGCUGUGGUGAUGGAUAACGGUACCGGGUUCACCAAGUUGGGGUUCGCCGGUAACGACUCGCCCUCCUGGGUGUUCCCGACAGCCAUUGCCACGCGGAACCUCUCCACGGGAGGCUCGAAACCCAUGGCGCCUUCGAAGCCGUCCUUCUUGUCGUCCGGGUCUGGUGCAGGGGCCGGCGGAGCCGGGUCGAUUGGCGGAGGCGCCGGGGCCGGGUCGAAGUCAAACUCGAUCCACGGCAACAGAGACAUGGCGGAUUUGGACUUCUACAUCGGCGACUACGCGCUCGAGGCCGCCAAGGGUCCCUCGUACUCGUUGAGCUACCCGAUCAGACACGGGCAGAUCGAGAACUGGGAUCAGAUGGAGCGGUUCUGGGAAACGUCGAUCUUCAAGUACUUGAAGUGCGAGCCGGAGGACCACUACUUCCUCUUGACCGAGCCUCCGCUCAACCCGCCCGAAAACAGAGAAAACACCGCCGAAAUCAUGUUUGAGAGCUUCAACUGCGCAGGCCUCUACAUCGCCGUCCAGGCCGUGUUGGCUUUGGCCGCCUCCUGGACGAGCAGCAAGGUCGUCGACAGAUCGUUGACCGGUACGGUCAUCGACUCCGGUGACGGUGUCACCCACGUCAUACCGGUCGCCGAAGGGUAUGUCAUUGGCAGCGCCAUCAAAAACAUCCCGAUUGCCGGUAGAGAUAUCACAAGCUUCAUCCAGACAAUGCUCAGAGAGCGUGGCGAGGCAGACUCGUCUUUACGCACAGCAGAACAGAUCAAACAGAAGUUCUGCUACGUGUGUCCCGACAUCGUCAAGGAGUUCAGGAAAUACGACAACGACCCAGAGAUGUUUGCCAAGUACGUCCUGGACACGGUGUCCCACAAGAAAAUUGAGGUCGACGUCGGUUACGAGAGGUUUUUGGCACCAGAGAUCUUCUUUAACCCGGAAAUCUGUUCCAGUGACUUCCUCACCCCAUUGCCUGUCAUUGUCGACCAGGUCAUCCAGGCCUCUCCAAUUGAUGUGCGUAAAAACCUUUACAAAAACAUCGUCCUAAGUGGAGGCUCAACAAUGUUCAAGGACUUUGGCAGACGUUUGCAGAGAGACUUGAAGACAAUGGUGAACGAAAGAGUCGAGGCAAGCGAGAGAUUAAGUGGCGCCAAGUCAAGCGGUGUCCAAGUGCAAGUCAUAUCACAUAAGAGACAGAGAAAUGCCGUUUGGUUCGGUGGCUCUUUGAUGGCCCAGACCUCCGAAUUCAAGAGUUACUGUCACACAAAGAGAGACUAUGACGAAUAUGGUCCUAACAUUGUCAGAAACUUCUCCCUAUUCAGUGUCCCAUGAUCAAGCAACAACCAGACUCUAGAAAAAAUAUUCGGUACUCUUUAUACUCGACAUGUAUAAAAUCUGUAUUAUGCCACUGUUUAUCGUACAAUCCGUAUUACGACGUU